UUGGUUUCACACCCCCACCCUCCGCAGCGCUCCUCCCCGCGCUGCCGGGUGUCCCCUCCGUAGACGGAAGCCGAGGAGGGACGAGCGAGCCCGGGGGAAGGCUGGAGCGGCGCGAUGGGGGACUCCAAAGUGAAGGUGGCGGUGCGCGUCCGCCCCAUGAACAGGCGAGAGCUCGAUCUGCAUACAAAAUGUGUGGUGGAUGUGGAUGCAAACAAGGUUAUUCUUCAUCCUGUAAACACCAACCUUUCAAAAGGAGAUGCCAGGACCCAACCAAAGGUGUUUGCAUAUGAUCACUGCUUUUGGUCUAUGGAUGAAUCUGUCAAAGAAAAAUAUGCAGGUCAAGAUGUUGUUUUCAAGUGCCUUGGAGAGAAUAUCCUGCAGAAUGCCUUUGAAGGCUACAACGCUUGCAUCUUUGCCUAUGGGCAAACAGGAUCUGGAAAAUCUUACACAAUGAUGGGUACUGCUGACCAGCCUGGAUUAAUCCCUAGACUUUGCAGUGGACUUUUUGAAAGAGCGCAGAAAGAGGAAAAUGAAGAGCAGAGUUUCAAAGUGGAAGUGUCCUACAUGGAGAUAUACAAUGAGAAAGUCAGAGAUCUUCUUGACCCAAAAGGAAGCCGUCAGUCAUUAAAAGUUAGAGAACACAGUGUUUAUGGUCCUUAUGUAGAUGGCCUAUCCAAACUAGCUGUUGCUAGCUACAAGGACAUAGAGUCCUUGAUGUCCGAGGGCAACAAAUCUCGAACAGUGGCUGCAACCAACAUGAAUGAGGAAAGCAGUCGGUCCCAUGCAGUCUUCAAGAUUAUCCUCACCCACACACUUUAUGAUGUACACUCAGGGACAUCAGGCGAGAAGGUGGGCAAGCUGAGUCUGGUUGACUUAGCAGGCAGUGAAAGGGCGACUAAGACUGGUGCUGCAGGAGACAGGCUGAAAGAAGGAAGUAACAUUAACAAAUCCCUCACAACUCUUGGGCUGGUUAUUUCUGCCUUGGCAGAUCAGGCUGCUGGCAAGAACAAGAACAAAUUUGUCCCUUAUCGUGAUUCUGUCCUCACUUGGUUACUUAAAGAUAGCCUUGGUGGUAACAGCAAGACUGCCAUGGUGGCAACAGUAAGCCCAGCGGCAGACAACUAUGACGAGACCCUUUCGACACUGAGGUACGCAGAUCGGGCCAAGAACAUCGUUAAUCAUGCUGUGGUGAAUGAAGACCCGAACGCUCGCAUUAUUCGGGAGCUCCGAGAAGAAGUGGAGAAGCUCCGAGAACAGCUCACGAAAGCAGAGGCUAUGAAAUCACCAGAACUAAAAGAACGUUUAGAGGAAUCAGAAAAGUUGAUUCAGGAAAUGACUGUGACCUGGGAAGAGAAAUUAAGAAAAACUGAGGAGAUAGCACAGGAGCGUCAGAAACAGCUGGAAAGCCUUGGCAUUUCCCUUCAGUCUUCUGGAAUAAAAGUUGGGGAUAAUAAGUGCUUCCUGGUUAAUUUGAAUGCAGAUCCAGCUCUCAAUGAACUUCUGGUGUACUAUUUAAAGGAGCACACGUUAAUAGGAUCAGACAACUCUCAAGAUAUCCAGCUAUGUGGAAUGGGAAUUCUUCCUGAACAUUGCAUUAUAGACAUCACUCCAGAAGGACAGGUGAUGUUAACACCUCAGAAAAAUACUAGGACAUUUGUAAAUGGUUCUGCUGUUACGGGUCCUGUCCAGCUACAUCAUGGAGACAGAAUACUAUGGGGAAACAACCACUUCUUCAGGCUGAAUUUGCCAAAGAAGAAAAAGAAGGCAGAACAUGAAGAUGAAGAGCGAGACAACUCUAUGAAGUGCAGUAACAGUGUCGAGCAGCUGGACAUAGAUGGAGACAAUUCCAGUGAAGUGUCUAGUGAGAUUAAUUUCAGCUAUGAAUAUGCCCAGAUGGAGGUCACUAUGAAGGCGCUUGGUAGUAAUGAUCCAAUGCAGUCUAUCUUGCAAAGCCUGGAGCAGCAACAUGAAGAGGAGAAGAGAUCUGCACUUGAACGACAGAGACUGAUGUAUGAACAUGAACUGGAGCAACUGCGAAGGCGGCUGUCACCAGAGAAACAGCAUUUCCGCAGCAUGGACAGGUUCUCCUUCCAUUCUCCCAGUGCUCAGCAGCGCUUACGGCAGUGGGCGGAAGAGAGAGAGGAAAUGUUGACCCACAGCCUGAGGAAGCUGCGAGAGCAGAUUGUUAAAGCCAAUUUGUAUGUGAGAGAAGCCAAUUUCAUCGGAGAAGAAUUAGACAAGAGGACAGAGUACAAAGUCACUCUCCAGAUCCCAGCUUCAAGCCUUAAUGCUAACAGUAAGAGAGGUGCAAUUCUCAGUGAGCCUGCUAUUCAGGUGAGAAGGAAAGGGAAAGGCAAACAGAUUUGGUCACUAGAAAAACUGGAAAAUCGACUGGUAGAUAUGAGGGAUCUCUACCAAGAGUGGAAAGACUGUGAGGAAGACAACCCAGUGAUGAGAGCAUACUUCAGGCGAGCUGAUCCAUUCUAUGAUGAACAGGAAAACCACAGCCUUAUUGGAGUAGCCAAUGUUUUUCUUGAGUGCCUGUUCUACGAUGUGAAACUACAGUAUGCUGUUCCGAUCAUCAAUCAGAAGGGAGAGGUAUCUGGUCGUCUCCAUGUUGAAGUUGUUCGAGUGAGUGGAGAGAUAGAGGACAGGCUGGUAGGAGGUGAGGAUAGUCCAGACUGUUCCCAUGAAAGUGACACUCAGGAGAGAAAACUCGUCUGCAUGAUUAAAAUACUUCAAGCUACAGGCUUACCACAGCACCUCUCCAACUUUGUGUUCUGCAAAUACACGUUCUGGGAUCAUCUGGAUCCAGUUAUUGUUGCACCGGAGGUGGAUCCUUCCUUAUCUCCCAACAGCAAGGAGCCACGGUGCAUGGUUGUCUUCGAUCACUGCAAUGAAUUUUCUGUAAAUAUUUCCGAAGACUUCAUGGAGCAUCUUUAUGAUGGUGCUUUGGCAAUUGAAGUUUAUGGGCACAAGCAGAGUGGUGAUCGUAAAAAUCCAGCCUUGUGGGAUUUGGGAAUAAUUCAAGCCAAAACACGAAGUCUUCGUGACAGGUGGAGCGAAGUAACCCGAAAAGUAGAGCUCUGGGUUCAAAUUCUAGAGCUGAACGAGAACGGGGAAUACUGCCCAGUUGAGGUGACUCCUGCCAAGGACGUAAGCACUGGAGGCAUCUUUCAGCUCAGACAGGGGCAGUCCCGACGAAUUCAGGUCGAAGUGAGAUCUGUACAGGAAUCCGGGACCUUGCCACUAAUGGAGGAAUCUGUAUUAUCCAUUGGAAUUGGCUGUGUUCAAAUAAAGCAUGUCAAGCCACAAAAAAUACAUGAAAAUCAUCAGGAAGAAGAGGAUGACAUGGACAGUUAUCAGGAUAGGGAUUUGGAGAGGCUGCGUCGGAAAUGGCUGUGUGCCUUAACGAAGCGUCAGGAAUAUCUUGAUCAACAAUUGCAAAAACUUGUUGGGAAACCUGAUAAAACAGAAGAUGAUGCAGAUCGGGAGGCACAGCUUUUAGAGAUGAGGCUAACCCUUACUGAAGAAAGAAAUGCUGUAAUGGUUCCUUCUGCUGGCAGUGGGAUCCCUGGAGCUCCAGCAGAGUGGACUCCAGUGCCUGGUAUGGAAACUCACAUUCCUGUUAUUUUCCUUGACUUGAAUGCUGAUGACUUCAGUUCCCAAGAUAAUCUCGACGACCCAGAAGCAGGUGGGUGGGAUGCUACUCUAGUUGCCGAAGAGGAGGAGGAAUUCUUUGAACUGCAGAUUGUAAAGCAUCAUGAUAGCGAGGUGAAAGCAGAAGCCUCAUGGGAUUCCACAGUCCACGACUGUAUCCAGCUCAGUAAAGGAACAGCAGCAGAUGAAAGAGUUUACCUUAUUGUGAGAGCCACUGUCCAGCUCAGCCAUCCUGCAGAAAUGCAAUUAGUGUUACGCAAACGCAUCUGUGUUAAUGUUUAUGGCAGACAGGGUUUUGCACAGAGUUUCCUCAGAAGAAUGUCUCACCGAAGUUCAAUUCCUGGCUGUGGUGUCACUUUUGAGAUAGUCUCAAAUAUUCCAGAGGAUGCACAAGGAGCUGAAGAGCGGGAAGCACUAGCCAGAAUGGCAGCAAAUGUUGAAGAUGCAGCUUCAGCUGACUCUGAAGCCUAUAUUGAGAAAUACCUGCGGAGUGUGCUGGCUGUGGAGAACAUCCUCACUUUGGAUCGUCUGCGCCAGGAAGUUGCAGUAAAGGAGCAGCUAAUGGGGAAAGGAAAACUCUACCGGAGGAGCCUGAGCUCUCCCAAUGUGAAUCGGCUUUCUGGAAGCCGCCAAGAUUUAGCUCCCCCCUAUAACCUGAGCAGUAACCGGAGUCCAAAGGUCCCAGCAGAGGGUCGAUGGGAGAGCCAGCAAGAUGUAUCCCAAGGUGCCGCAAAUUCCAGUAGAGGGAUUAGUCCGUCUCGUACCUCUCUGCCAGGCUCUGUGCAGCAGAAUCACUCUCCUGAUCCAGCAGGUCUCGGUAGCCUUGCUGCUUCCUACCUGAAUCCUGUAAAAUCCUUCGUGCCUCAGAUGCCAAAGCUGCUGAAAUCUCUCUUUCCUGUUAGAGAUGAGAAGAAGGGCAGGCAGACCUCUCCUCUUGCACAGCAGCCUGUCCCACGAAUUAUGGUUCAGUCUGCCAGUAUUGAUGCCAGUGCUACAAAGAUAAAACAGAUUACCCAAGAGGAAGCAGGGAAACAGCUGUUUGAAAUUGCAGCGCAGACGUCAGAGGCAGAAAAGAGCCCAGAAAAGACACCCAAAGUGCCUUUGCAGCAGCCAACAGGAGACAUCCAGGCGCAGGACUCCCAGGAAGGGCCACCGAGUCCUCUGAGCGAAGCCUCCAGUGGUUACUUUUCUCAUAGCGUUUCAACAGCCACCCUCUCCGAAGCACUUACAGCAGGAAGCGAUGCUGCCGUUCAGCCAGCAGCUCAAAUGCCUGCAGUGAGUGACCUCCCAGCUCCUGCCGCGGCUCAGAUCUCUUCUGACGUGCCCAGGCCCUCUGACAGCUCUUCAGAGGGCUGUCUCUCUGCUAAGAGAGAGAGUCUGCCUGCUUCCAGCCUUCAAAGUGCUCAUGUGAGACGUAAAGACAGCGCUGAAGUGAAUGGAAAUGAUGCUUUGAAAUCAAAAUAUUUUGUUUCUCCUGUGACUCAGAGUGAACAGGUAAAUGAUGCCUCUGUGGCCACUGAUGCAAAAACCUUUCUUUCUACCUCCACUCCAAAGAAGGAGUUGCUAUCUAAGCAGUCAGUGGAGUCAGCAGGACAAGCCACUAGGAAAAUGGAAACGGCUUCGGCCUCAGAACUGGGGGUUCCCAAACCACAGCUUCAUCCCGACCAAUUGUCCCAACCCAGCAUUGCAGCCUCCCCCUUCAAAAUCCAGAAAGUCAAGACGUCUGAGCUCAAGUCCUUUACAAGCAUGCUGGGGACAGAUCCUGCAUGUCCACUAAGCACAGAAGAGCCGCAAGAAGGAGAAAAGAGCACACCUUCUGCACGAGGACUGAGCCAUAACGGAGCAGGGACAGCAGACGAAAAACUGGAAGUGAUUUCUGACUCUGAAGAUGCCAAUGAAAUUCCUGAGUGGCUGAAAGAGGGAGAAUAUGUCACAGUUGGCACAAAUAAGACAGGCACCGUUAGAUAUAUUGGUCCCACAGACUUUCAAGAGGGAACAUGGGUUGGUGUCGAACUGGAUUUACCUUCAGGUAAGAACGACGGCUCCAUUGGAGGAAAGCAGUAUUUCAAAUGCAACCCCGGCUACGGGCUUCUCGUGAAACCGGGCAGAGUUAAGAAAGCCACGGGAGCAGCGAGGCGACGGAGCGCUGGGUUGAAGCUGCAAGGGGCAGCCGCCCCCGAGAACAGGAGGAGCGGCAACUUCUCCGGCUCAGCCUCCAACCUGGCGUCGCUGACAGCCCUGGCCAAGUCGGAAGGAGGGGCCGCGCUCCGACCGGAGAAGGGCCAGAAGAACGCAGAGAACCGCAAAUCCUGGGCGAACUGAGACGGGCCACCGCAGCCGGGUGGGCGACACUAUGCAACGCGGCCAGGGGAAGCGAGUCUUUAGCUUUGUGAAGCUAAACCAACUGUGUAAACGUCUAGUUUGUGGCAAACACUAAUGAAGGGGGGGGGGGUUUCUAUGCUUUGGGUGAUUGACAUGUUAAUUCUUUGCCUUGUCAUGGUGCUGGAUCUACAUCUUUAGUUUCCUGUUACAAAUUGUGGCACUUCAGCGUAAGACUGAUGUCAAACACCGGAAGCUCUUGGCGGCCGGCGGGUGUAAACUGUGGCGUCUUCCACCUUUCAGGGAAGGGAGAGACACAUGAAUAGUCCGAAUUACUAUACGACUUUCCUGUAGCUGCUCAGAUCUGCCCGCGCACCAACGCCUCUCUCGGCGUGCCUGGCAGUUCCAAAAAAAAAAAAGGCCCAAAAGCAACGUUUCUUUUCUAAUUUUGCAAGGGUUGUGUCCCUAUAGAGCAAUAGCUGGUGAAAGGGCAAGGUUGUAAUGCUUCCAGUUAGGUAGCGAGGGGAACAGAAAACUUUAUUUUCAGAAAAAAACAUCCAAAACCCCUUUAUUUUAAAAAGGAGCAACUCUUUUAUUAUGUGACCUGGGACCAGUGCCUGUUUUGAUUGCUAUUCUGUCGUCCCUCUUUCCUGUAGAAGUCGACACGAUCUUCGCAGCUGGUUUGUUACGGGUGAGAGCAGGCCUGCGGUCCAGUCUUUAGGAAGGAGAAGACUUGAGCAGAUUUGCGUGAUCUAUUUAGUGAGCGCUUUUGCCCUUUUUUCCCCCUGUUUCUCUCCCGAAAGCACUACAGAACCUUAUUCUCAUUUGCUCUGUCCUUUGGGCCCAGAGGGUGAUUUUUGCAGAGCCAUUGGGCGUGACUGCUUCGCUCCCGCCCGCUCUGUGCUGACGGGGCUCCUCCUCCCAGCAGCCCAAAACACUCAGAUUUCUACCAGUUUUGCAAAGCGGAGGGUCGCUGUGCUUGUAACGGGGUUCAUCCGUCCUAUUUAUUUUUAUUUAUUGCUUUUUAAAUUACAAAACAGUUGCGCUUUACAAUCACCCGCCGCCUCUCUUUGCACAGAGGAGCGCUGCCCAGCGCCACGCGGACUGUCGCUCCGGAGGGGAGGUGCCGCCGGAGCCGGCAGCACCCCGAAAUAAACCCCGCCGAGCCGAACUGGCCUCCCCCAGACCGUUCUCUCUCUCCCAAAAGCAGCAGGUUUGGGCUGGCUUUUAUACAAACUUGAUUUUAUUUUUGGUAACCCCGACUAGUUUUUAAACUUCCUGUUGCACAAAUUAUAUAUAACUGUACAUGUGAAUAUAUACAUGUGCACACAUAUAUAUAUAUAUAUAUAUAUAUAUAUAUCUCACACUUUUCUAACAGAUCGAGGAAGGCCACACUUUUAUAUUCUAAGCUGUUUAUAUCAUUUAGUAAUCACAGGGGGAUUGGACAGCUUGAGCAAUGGGUAUUUUAUCUACAGGGGGAAUAUUUAGGAUGCUAAAUUAAUGAUUAAACUUUAAUAUGUAGCUAGUCUCUGUCCGUGCUGCACAUGGGCAUCUAAGUGCCUUAGCCGUCUGGUUCAGAGGUCCUAGGGAAAGAUACAUUGUCAUCCAAGGAGACAGGGAUGCUUAGUGAAGGAGGUAAUUAUGCUGAUUUACUGUAAUUAAUAUCAUUUCUGCAGGAGGAAUAAAAUUAAAAUAGAAACUCAUCCGUAGCUGAAAGGCUAAUGCAGCAUGCGCAGUGCUGCCGGCGAUCUGUAUAUCCCUUUGGCCUUGUGUAGCUAGUUUCAGUGUUUCCGAAAUUUUCCUAAAGAAAUUUUAAUACAAAAUGUACAGAGCAGCUUUUAAAUACAUUUUUAGAGUACAGGUUUUUCUCGUUCUCCUCUGCACGAAAAUCCUGUCCUUUCAAACCGAGGGUGGGAGAGAUUCAGUAACGACUCAGAAGCUAAAAUCCGGAGGGGGGUAACUGCGAGAAACUGGUUUUAUAGGCAUGAUUCAUGCAACAAACCAACUUCUGUUUAGCAAUAUGACAAGUCUAGCUAAUGUAAGACUGCCCGUUCAUUAAUGUGAUGCCUCUUCUACUGCCUUGUUUUCUAAAAUUAUUUUUUAACACUUUUUUAAUUGCACUUUGUUCCAGUGUGCUACAAAAAGUUAGCUAAUGUGAAACAUCCUCCCAACUCCCCCCCCCCCCCCCCCCCCCCCCCCCCCAGUCUCAGCAUUUCAUUUAUUGGAUUUAGGGAUAUCUUUAAAACCUCUCGAUGUUUGCUAGAUGCAGCCUGUCCCCCCAAAAGGGACUGCCUCUUCUAGGAUAAAUCGUGCUGGAAGCAAACGUCUGAAAUACGGCUGCUGCGAGCAGGUUUUCAAAUGGUGGGAGAUUAUCGGGGUGAAAAACCCUCUCUGUUAACAGAGCACCUGGUUGGCUUUGGGGGCAGCAGGGUUUUACUUGUAUUUCUGUGUUUUCACUGUCUUGUUGGACUGUUGAAACUAAACCUCUCCUCAGUGUCCACCCUGACACUGCCCCAAAGAUGGAGACAACCCAAGGUAGGUUAUUUUCUGAGCCGAGUCGCUUGGAUGUGGCACAGGCUCCAGGAAGUGCAUGUCCCUUUAGUUCAAGCAGCUGAUCAGAAAACAUCAUUCUGAAGGUAAUACACUUUUUUUUUCUUUUUUCUUUUUCUUUUUUUUUUUUUUUUUAUAACCAGCAUUUGGAAAAGCCCUAGGGCAGCCCUCGCAGAAAGCGGGGGUGCUCUCCUGAACUGGAUCAGCCCAGGCGCCGGGGCUGGCGCGUUAGUGACUAUGCAUCUUUUCCCAGAUUUUCAUGCACUUUACACAGGGAGGACGACUCUUUAACGCAGGAACUUGUAGCGAGCGUCCGCUCAGGCUUGCGAGCUUGCUUUCCGUGGCUGUGACCUGCGGAUGGGUCUCAAAGUGCAGGAACUCGUGUUAGGGGGUGGCAAGCGCAGUGACCCGUAAAGCCAGGCUGCCAUAGAGACCCACUUACGCUGCAGCGGAGCUGUGUGAGGUCUCUUCCCUGCCCGUGUCGGUCCUUUGCACGAGUUGUGUUUCAGCAGUGCCUUAUCCCUGGGUGAGAGGCUAACGCGGGGAGGGGGCAGGUUUCACGCUGCCCUCGAGUCCGUACAGGGAGCUCUUAGCAAAGGACGAGCGAGAUUAAAUAAAGCUGCUGGCUGGUCCCACUACAAGAUGCAAAAUCCUCUUGCCCGCUUCUCCCUGCCAGCAUCAUUUAUUAAGCGCGGUAAGUGGUGGGGUGCGGAUGGGGCUGCUCCUGCCAGCGCCGUCCCCGCACGCUGCCCUUCUCCAGCCCCGGCCGCGGCUCGGCGCAGGAGCCCCUGGGUUUUUGCUUCUUCGCCAGCAUCUGGGGGUCUUGGAAGAGCCUUUUCUAACUCGUCUUUCCAUUGGUUUUUGUAAAUGUGGUGGGUCUGUAUAUAUGGAGCGGCUCUUCAUGCUGCGGUAUGAUGCAUUCAUCAGCGGUGGACUUUAAAUGAGCUAAAAUCCAAAGAUCCUUUGUAAUGAUGAGCUGUAAAGUUUGUAAUGAUUGCUGUACAAUACUAAAUGCCUGUAAUAUUGUAUGAUACACGCGACGCAGCCUGCCCUACCCAAAUAAUAAACACCUUCCUUAGA